AUGUUCGACGAAUCCAGCCAACCGCCGUCUCCCCAACACGCCCUCGUCACACUCGCCCCUCUCGACCCCGAAUGGCGGCCCAUCUUCCAAGCCUCGAACCAAGUCGUCUUGUACAACCCCACCUCGCACGCCCUCUCCAUCGCAAAACAGCCCUCCAAGAGCGACCUCCGCCACCACCAUCACCACCACCACCGGCACCCGAUCGACGCUCCUGUAGCUACAACAUCCGCGUCGCCGUGCCCGUACUGCCACCGGCCCCUGCCGCCGGGCUUCGAGCGCGGCGACGAGGACAGCGAGGACGACGAGGGCCUGCUGCAGCGCGAGGCGCACAGGCAUCUCACGCCGCAGGCGGGGCAUUCGCGCACGCAGAACUAUUUCCAGCUGCUCGCGAUCGCGAACCAGGCUGGGAGGAGUGACAGCGGCGGCGCGGGUGGAGGUGCUGGAGGGGACGGCGGCGAGCGUGGGUUCUCGAGGGAGGCGAUGGCGGAUGGGUAUUUCAAGGCGUUUUUCAAGGAGGAGUAUAGGCUUGGGAUGGGUGCGAAUGGGAGUGUGUACUUGUGUCAGCACGUCCUCGACGGUAACCUUCUCGGCCAGUUCGCCGUGAAGAAAAUCGCCGUCGGACAAUCGCACUCCUACCUCAUAGGCAUCCUUCGCGAGAUCCGCCUCCUCGAAACCCUCCGUCACCGCAACAUCAUCACAUACCACCACGCCUGGCUCGAAACCGCCCAAUUCUCCGCAUUCGGACCCCGCGUCCCGACUCUACACGUCCUCAUGCAAUGGGCCGAAGGCGGCUCGCUCGACGACUUCAUCGACAUCCGCCUCGGGCGGUCCACACGGCUCCCGCAUCUCCGGCACGGGCACGGCGGCACCGACGCGGACGCGGACCCCGCGGACCCCGCGUCCGCACCCGCAGCCCCGGAUCCGCAGACGCCCUCGGCGCGCAUACGCGCGUUCAGGGCGAUGAAGCGCGCGCCGCCGGAGGAGCGCGAGCGGCUGCGGAGGGCGAUGGGUGGGGAUGGGUGGGGAGGGGGAGGGGGAGGGUGGAAGGCGGUGCAUCUGUUUAGUGCGGAGGAGGUGUUGAGUCUGUUUAGGGAUGUUGCGGAGGGGUUGGCGUUUUUGCACGACCGCUCGAUAUUGCAUCUGGAUCUCAAGCCCGGGAAUGUGUUGUUGACCUGGGACGAGGGCCAGCUCAUCCCACGAGCGAUGCUCUCCGACUUCGGCACCUCGCGCGACAUGCUCGCUUCUAAGCCCGCCCGCUCAGGCAACACCGGCACGCUGGAAUACGCGUCCCCCGAGUCCCUCCCGGACCUGGCUACAGGCCUGCUGCGCGAGAUUGACUCCAAGGCGGACAUGUGGUCGCUUGGCAUGAUCCUGCACAAGAUCCUGUUCUUCCGCCUGCCGUACCGCUACGCGACCGACGGCGAGGCGAGCGCGGCGGAUGAUGCGGAUAAGAUGGAUAGGCUGGAGAGGGAGGUGCAGGCGUAUCCUGGGUUCCGCUCGUCGGCGUCGAUGGGCGCGGCGUUCGAGGCACGGCACCUCCCCCGCGCGUUCUUGAUCCUCCUCGAGAGCCUGCUCAACGUGAACCCGUCCCUGCGGCCCUCGUGCGAGCGCGUGCUCAGCGCGAUUCGAGAAGGCAGAUUCAACCCAGUCGCACCAGACGCGACCGCCUCCUCCGCAGGCUACCUCGUCCCCGUCCCGCGGUCCUCCGUCUCCGCCACCACUUCUCCCUCGGCCAACAACCACAGCCCCACACACGCACACGCGCACAUACCACCGCGCCGGUCCCCGCCGCCCCUCGGCAUGCUCACGAUGGGCUCUGCCUCUGCCUCCUCCGGCGUCUCGCAGGACAGCAGCAUCCGAGACGACGACGAUCACGAGCGCUUCUACGACGGGAUUGAGGAGGAAGAAGAAGAAGAAGAAGAAACCCGGACGCCGACAGCUGAAACCGAGAAACACCCCGAAACCGCCGACAUGGACGCGGCGGCGUACAGGGACGACAUGGCGCGCGUCAUGCACAGCACGCGGACGCCGUACGAGGCGUCCCGUACGACGCUCGGCCGGGUGUGGCACAUGCUGCCUGGGCCCGCGUCCGCACGGCCGCGGGGGAGGGCGCCGUGCGUGCAGGCGGUGAAGAGUGUGGUUUUGGCUGCGAAGGCGGUAUCCCUCACUUCACUGCACUCUCAUCCGCUUGUCUUCGCCAUCAUGCUAUCAGUCGCAGUCGUCGAGACGCUCGUGGACUCGUUCGUUAUCUCGCUGUUGUUGGGUGCCGCGCAUAUAGCCGUCUUGUGGCUAUUUCAUUGAUUUAGGACUCGUUUGCGAACUGUAACCGCUCAUCUCAUCUUCGUUUUCCUCUUCAUGUGGCAUAUACUAUCACCUCUCACUCCACUACUUCUCGGAAUGUACGCAGUAGCCCUCUAGCAGUCUUCCUAGCAUCCACUCGAAAUAAAUAUUCAG